CGCGGUCCAUGGCGGAGCCGCCGGGCCCCCCCCGCGGCCGUUCCGCCCCGCUGGGCGCUGCCCCGGGGCAGGGCCGACCCCGGCCGGGCGGGGCCGGAGCCGGAGCCGAGCGGCGGGCCCGGAGCUGGGCCGCGGGCACCCUCCUGCUGCUGCUGCUGCCGCUGCUGCCCGGGGCCGCCGGCGGCGGGGCGGUGUGCGGGAGCUGCCCGGGGCCGCUGCGGAACGGAUCCCUCGUGGCCCGGUACUGCGCCUCCAGGGCGGGCGCGGAGCCGCGGGGACGCUGCUGCGUGGCUCGGGGACCCCCGCGGCGCCUGCUCGGGUUGGACCUGAGCAACUGCUCCCUGCGCAGCCUGCCCGCUGCGUUUGCUGAGGCCGCGGCUGUCGUUGUCCUGGACCUGACGGAGAACCCCCUGGCAGCCCCCCCCAACAGCUCCUUUCUGGGCUUCACGAACCUGCAGAGCCUCGCGGUGCCACUGGAGCUGGAGUGCCCAGGCGGGAACAGCGCCUGGGAGGAGGUGACAGAGCACGGGAGCAGCCGGCUCUGCCACGGCCAGAGGAACCCCUGCAACAGCUCCAGGGAGCUUGCCUGGCUGUGCCCCGAGAACGCUGCCUGUGCCCCGGAUGGCCCCGGCUUCUCCCAGUGCCUCUGCGCCAGCCCCUUCCACGGCUACAAGUGCCUGCGCGAGGGCGCGUUCCCCGUCCUGCCCUUCUGCAGCAUCCUGGGGGCCGUGACGGCCGCCCUGUCCCUCCUGCUGUGGGGCACCCAGCGCCGGAAAGCCAAGGCCCCGUGACGGGGACACCCCCUGCGCACAGCGCCCCGCUCACCCGGCGGGGCCAAAUAAAGCGUGCAGCACCGCG